AGGGGCUGGGUGGUCCGGCCUGCUGUGCUGGCAGCAGUAGGCCAGGGCGCGGCUGCGGGGUUCCCGGGGCUGAAGACCAACGCCAUCGGAACCCCGGGGAAGGUAAGGAUUCAGCUCCAGACAGGACCGGGAGAGGGCGAGUGGCGCCCGAUACGUUGCGCCCUUCUCCCCUCUCCGGAUCUGAACAAAGCCCAAGCACACAGAACCGGAACCCCAUUAGACCAGAGGUCUAGAUGGGAGCCUCCCCCUCUUGAACACCAGACUCUGGAGCGCUGAUCCGAGCCCUUUUUAUAAGUGAAACCAGUACCCGAACGAGCCCUUUCAGCAGACCUGUGUGUUCUGUCUGAGCUGAGCUUCCUUAGCCUGGAGGCCCCACCCCCACCUCUCCUAGAUUACUACAACCGAGCUGACCGCUUGCCCCCUUCCUGGAGUGCCAGUCCUUGGAUUUGAGAUCUCCAGUGCUCCAAAUGGAGCCUCAGCUAGGUCCUAGACCCUCAUCUCAUCCACCCCUAGCGCUCCAGCAGGAGCCCCACCUAGACCGGGAUUCAGCUGAAUCCCCCCUCCCAGACCUGGCCGAAAGGGCCCUGGGAUUCUGUUUCUCAGAGCUUUGUCUGAGUCCUCCGUCUGCUUCCCUUUCAUCCUGAUGCCCUGCUCUGGCCCUUAAAUUCAAGCCCUUUGUUUUCUCCUCUCUCAAUACAUCCUCUUUGGGACUUUUGGGACCCCACCCCUCCAGGACACCUCCUACUCCAAUCCAGCUGCUAAGACAGCCGCCUGCCAAUCCUAAACUCUCACUCACUUCAGGGUGAGAUAUAUCCCUUUCCUAGGGCUCUGUCCCUGAGGGAGUCUACCCCCAUUAGGCACUCCCACCCCCCUGUAUUGUCUACGGCCUAGUAACCUGAUGAUCGUUGCCCUUCACCUCCUGAGAGAUCCCGCCUCCCACUGGAUCCCGCCGCCUCCCCCCUGCAGCUUCCUCACCCUUCUCUCAGGCUGAGCUCUCUCUCCUGGGGACUCGCAGCAUGGCUGAGGGAAACUACAGCGUGGAAUCGUAAAACUGCAGUCUUGAAGACAUGGAUGAAGGGAGGGACGAGGUCAGGGAAGAAGAGAUGGUCGAAGGCAACGACUAUGAAGAAUUUGGUGCUUUUGGUGGCUAUGGCACCCUCACCAGCUUUGACAUCCACAUCCUCAGAGCCUUUGGCAGCUUGGGUCCAGGCCUCCGCAUCUUAUCGAAUGAGCCCUGGGAACUGGAAAACCCUGUGCUAGCCCAGACCCUGGUAGAGGCAUUGCAACUGGAUCCAGAAACACUUGCCAAUGAGACGGCUGCCCGUGCUGCCAACGUCGCCUGCGCUGCAGCCUCCAACCGUGCAGCUUGGUCUGCCCCUGCCCGUACCUCCUUCAACCAGGUGGUCACUAACCACUGGGUGGCUGCACCACAGGCCUCAAGAGACCAUACUCAGCCCACGACCUACCCUGAGGCUGGGGGGGUGACCCCUGAGACACCCCUGGCUUCUCCACAGAUCUCCCAGAUGUUUGUCACCAGUGAGGUGGCUGCCCCUGAGGCUCCAGCAACCUCCACGCAGUAUCAUAUAGCCUCCCCGGCCCAGAAGUCCACUACUGGGGCCCCUAGUACUGCUUGUGUUUCCUCUCAGGCCCCAUGUGCCAGUGAGGUGGAUGCCACCCGACCCAAGACAGUCUUCCUGGGCCAGAACAAUGUCUUUGAUUUCACUCAGCUGGCAGGUGUCAGUGGCAUGGCUUUCCCACGCCCCAAGAGACUUACCCCAGCCCAAGAGACUGACGCAGAGGGCCCCAGUGUUGCCUCCAGUGUGCCCCAGGCAGCACCUGCGAGGGAGGCAGCAGCCGCCCAGCCCAAGGCGACCAAGUCUGGGAAGGCUGUGGCUAAGACUCGGUGGGUGGAGCCUCAGAAUGUUGUGGCAGCAGCUGCUGCCAAGGCCAAGAUGGCCACAAGCAUCCCUGAGCCUGAGGGUGCAGCUGCCACUGCUCAGCACAAUGCUGAGCCCUGGGCCAGGAUGGGUGGCAAGAGGACGAAGAAGUCCAAGCACCUGGAUGACGAAUAUGAGAGCAGCGAGGAGGAAAGAGAGCCUCCUAUGGUCCCAGCGACCUGGAGAGCAUCACAGCCCUCGUUGACAGAGCGGGCUCAGUUGGCCCCUCGGUCCCCGGUGGCCCUGAGGUCCCAGAUACCUUUAAGGCACGUACUGUGCUUGCCCCCUCGCAAUGCGACCCUUCUGCAAGAGAGGGCUAAUAAGUUGGUGAAAUACCUGAUGAUUAAGGACUACAAGAAGAUCCCCAUUAAGCGUUCAGACAUGCUGAAGGACAUCAUCCGAGAAUACGACGAACGUUUCCCUGAGAUCAUUGAACGGGCAACAUACACUCUGGAAAAGAAAUUUGGCAUCCACCUAAAGGAAAUUGACAAAGAAGAACACCUGUAUAUUCUGGUCUGCACACGGGAUUCCUCAGCUCGCCUCCUCGGAAAGACCAAGGACACUCCAAGGCUGAGUCUCCUCUUGGUGAUUCUGGGUGUCAUCUUCAUGAAUGGCAACCAUGCCAGCGAGGCUGUCCUCUGGGAAGCACUACGCAAGAUGGGACUACGCCCUGGGGUGAGGCACCCGUUCCUUGGCGAUCUGAGGAAGCUCAUCACAGAUGACUUUGUGAGGCAGAAGUACCUGGAAUACAAGAAGAUCCCCAACAUCAGCCCCCCUGAGUACGAGUUCCUGUGGGGCCUGCGAGCCCUCCAUGAGACCAGCAAGAUGAGGGUCCUGAGAUUCAUUGCCCAGCAUCAGAAUCGAGACCCACGGGAAUGGAAGGCUCAUUUCUUAGAGGCCGUGGAUGAUGCUUUCAAGACUGUGGAUGUGGAUAUGGCUGAGGAACAUAACAGGGCCCAGGUGAGGGCCCAUAUGAAUAUCGGGGACGAAGCUCUGAUUGGACGGUGGAGCUGGGAUGACAUACAGGCCGAGCUCCUGACCUGGGACGAAGACGGAGAUUUUAGCGAUGCUUGGGCCAGGAUACCCUUUGCUUUCUGGGCCAGAUACCAUCAGUACAUUCUGAAUAGCAACCGCGCCAACAGGAGGGCUACCUGGAGAGCUGGUGUCAGCAGUGGCACUAACAGUGGGUUCAGCACCAGCAUCCUAGAUGGCCCCAGCACCAGCUCUACCAUCCGGACCCGAAAUGGUGCCAGGGCUGGCACCAGCUUCUUCUCCUGGAUCCAACACCGUUGAUGAACUGCAGCAGUCUUACUCAUCAAGCCAGGGUGCCUCCUCAGAUUCCUUCUGAACACAGCACUCUAGGUAGCUUCUACCUGUCAGUUGGAGGUGGCAUUCAAGAUGAAGCUUUCUUUGCUCUCCCUGCUUUCAUUGUGUGUUUUUUCUUGUGGUGUCAUGUUUUUGGUAUCAGUGUUACAUUAAAGUUACAGAAUUAA